AUGCCUGCUGCCCACGCUGUUUCAACUGCCUCCUGCUCUCACGCCAUCAGCAAAGUACCCGCUCCUCCAUGCCCUCACCCUUGCCUGCCACACCGGUUCCUUCAUUCCAUCUGCAAUUGCACCGUCCUCUUGAAACAACGCCACUGGUUGGGCUCUGCUCGCAUGCUACAGACCUCCCUUCUUCAGCUUGUGGCCGUGCCUCCACCAGUGGCUCCUCCCUCUUCUCUUGCGCUGUGUGCUCAUUCACCCAUUCACCUUGCUCCCACCACCGUGCUCUCACUAGCUCUGGACGCGCACGGGAAGGCGGGGAGGAGGGCUGCCAUUGAGGGAGGCAGCUGGAGGUGCUGCAGCUGCCUUGAUCUCGCCCUCACCGUCAGUGUGCAGGUAACCCUCUCAGGUGUGCAGGUAACCCUCUCAGGUGUGCAGGUAACCCUCUCAGGUGUGCAGGUAACCCUCUCAGGUGCAGGUGGAGGGGAGGGGCGAUGGGGUCAACACCGACACUUCCCCACGCCUCUCCCCGGUGGCCAUGCAGGGACUCGUGGGGACGGGAGGGAGGCAGCACUGCAGCAGAUGGCAAUCGCUCCACAAGGGAGAGUAUCGGGGUGGGCUCGGCCUCUCAAGCCUGAGGGUGGGAGCACUGGAGCAAGGGCGGAGUGUGGAGUCAACCCUCUCACUCUCCUCCUCUUCUCUCUCUCUCCUCCCUCCCACCCAACAGCACCCUGGCUGGACCACAGUGGAGUCCCACCCUCCCUUAAUCCCCCCCUCCCCACUUCCCAGCAGCCUCAGGCAUCAUGGCACUGCACGGCUCUGGUAGGUACAGUACAGGUAAGUAGAGGUAAGCAGACAUGGGGUGAAGGGAGGGGGGGAGGUGGGCGGGUGGAGGGGCAGCAUGGGAGCAAGCGGGCAGCACACUCUCUCAGGGGCGGCACCCUCUGGGGUUGUGGCUUGUGGGUGGGGUGUGGUGGGUGGAAUCUGCGCGGCGGCGGCACUUGGUGCUCAAGUAACCGAUCUGGCGUUCAAAGCUUAAUGGACACCGUCAGAGCCGACCGGCCGGCGGCUCUGGUUGGCGUCAGCUGUAGCUACGUGAGGGGUGGGAUUUGA